AUGGCUAUUGAGGAGCUGACACUUUACUAUUUUCCUGGAUCCUACUACUCUCAAAGGGUGCUGUUCUAUCUGAGAGCACGCAGUAUACCUUUCAAGGGCCGAUACGUGAACAUACUUCUUGGAGAAACCUACGAGCCAUGGUACAUGCGGAUGAACCCCAAGGGACAGGUGCCCGUCAUAAAGCAUCGCGGGGGGUACCUGGCAGACUCGUGUGCUAUUAUGCAAUACCUGGAGAAGGAAUAUGAUACCCCUCCAAAGUUGUUACCUGCAGCCUCGACUCCACAGCGAGAGGAAGCACUCCGGUUUACAGAUCUGAUCAAUUCCAUCAAGAUCGAAGUGAUCACGUAUGGGAUUAUAAGUUUUCCUCAUCUCUCGCAAGGUGGCAUGCUGGUCGGGAAAUUCCAAAAGUUAAUGGAGUGGAGAGCUAAAAGCAUGGGACAAUACACUCCGUUUUUAGAGAGAUAUAAAGCUAAAUCGCCAGACCUUGAAGAUGUGUACAACCAGAAGGAAAAGGACCUGAGCGAAUUUUAUGCGCAAUUUCGAGAUGAGGCCACGGUUCAAAGAGCGAUAGAUGGAGCGCAAAACGUCUUGGAUGAACUGGAGGACACAUUAGGAAAGAGAAAAGAAGGUGAAUGUUGGCUGUGUGGCCCUGAUAUGACAGUGGCAGACGUCAACCUGGCGAUUCUCAUCGGUCGACUGGACAGCGCCGGUAUAGGAUACAUGUUUUGGAAAAAUGGAAAACGGCCAAAUAUUGAGGCUUACUUUCACCGCCUCAAGAAAAACGACGUUUACAAAGCUGUAUGUGAGAUUAACCCAUUUCUGGGAAUUUUUCUCCCCCUGGUGAAGAAAAAGUUACCUUCCAUCCUUGGGAUCAGUGCUGUCUUGGCCAUGAUCGCCGUGGCCGUCUAUUUCUGGAGGAAAGGAGAAAUCGAUUUGAACACAAUUGUGGAAAAAGUGCAGUUUUGGAAAUAAGAAAGUGAUCGUAUAAUUUUAGAAGCAUUUUGCAUGAGUGGGUGUGAGUGGGUGGCCUUAGUGCAAAUAUCAACGUUAUUUAUAGAAUAAUAGAUGUAAAUGUAAUAAUAAUACAUGUAAAUGCAUAUAGAGAGACCAACCCUGUCCAAGGAAUCGGAUGACAAGCUGUUCUUCGUUUGUAGACAGACCAGCAACAUUAUAGCCUUUGCUGAUGUAUAUUUUACUAUUCAACCUUGAAGUGCUGUUUUUUUUUCUU